AUGGAGAGCUUCGAGAACAUCUACUUGGACCUAUCUAAGGACCAUGGCAAAUGCCGAUUUUCUGAGGCUGGUGUGGGCUGGAAGCCUACCAGUGGUGGCGAGGCAGUCACACUGGAGGCAAGCGACAUUGUUGGCGCGCAGUGGAGUCGAGCUGCCAAGGGGUAUGAGGUCAAGAUCCUGCAGCGAAGCUCAGACAUUCUACAGCUUGAUGGAUUCCAAGAGGAGGACCACGAAAGGCUCACGCGCGUUUUCAAAAACUGGUACGGUCACGUCUUAGAGAACAAGGACCAUUCGAUGCGAGGAUGGAACUGGGGCAAGGCAGAGUUUACGAAAGGCGAGCUCACCUUCAACGUUCAAAACCGACCUUCCUUUGAGGUGCCGUACUCCGAGAUCAGCAACACCAACCUUGCCGGGCGAAACGAAAUCUCGAUAGAGUUUGCCUCUCAGGACGGCGAAAAGGCCAAUGCCGACAAGGGUCGCAAGGCUGCUGCCGCCAUGGACCAGCUCGUGGAGAUGCGACUCUAUAUCCCUGGCACGACCACCAAGAAAGAGGCCGAGGGCGAGGAUGCCGCGAGCGAUGCAGACGAGGAGGAAAUACAAGCCGCCCAUCUAUUCUAUCAGACACUGAUGGACAAGGCCGAUAUUGGAGAUACUGCAGGCGACACCGUGGCUACCUUCCAAGAUGUUCUGCACCUCACUCCCAGAGGCCGUUUCGACAUCGACAUGUACCUCACCUCUUUCCGACUGCGCGGCAAGACAUACGACUACAAGAUCCAGUAUGAGGCUGUCAAGAAGUUUAUGGUCCUUCCCAAGCCAGAUGACGUGCAUUUCCUGCUCUGUAUCGGUCUCGAUCCCCCCUUGCGACAAGGUCAGACCCGAUACCCCUUUGUGGUCAUGCAGUUUAAGAGGGACGACGAGAGCACCAUCGACUUGAACAUGAGCGAGGAAACCCGCAAGGAGAAAUACGAUGGCAAGUUAGAGGCACACUACGAGGAGCCCAUGCACCAGGUGGUGACAAAGAUCUUCCGAGGUCUUUCCAACAAAAAGGUGUCCGUUCCGGCCAAAGAUUUUGAGACGCACCGUCAGCAACAGGCAAUCAAGUGUUCGAUCAAGGCCAGCGAAGGCUUCUUGUACCUCCUGGAGAAGGCGUUCAUGUUUGUGCCCAAGCCUGCCACCUACAUAUCGUACGAGCAGACACAAUCUGUCACCUUCUCCCGUGUCAGCGGAGCUGUCUCUGCGCUGUCGACAUUCGACAUCACUGUGCAGAUGAAGGGUUCCACCUCAAACCAGUUCAGCAACAUCAGCCGAGACGACCUGAAGUCCUUGGAGAUAUUCUUCAAGCUCAAGGGUCUCCGCGUUAAGAACGAGAUCGACGAGGACGACAAACUGCUGAAGCAGGCGCUGCGUGAGCAGGCACUCAGCUCGGACGAGGAGAUGGCGCCCGCGGCCGAUCGUGGCUCUGCAGAUGAGGACGAGGAGAGUGUUGAUGAGGACUUCCGGACUGAAUCGGAGAGCGACGUCGCAGAGGAGUACGAUUCUGCCCACGAGAGUGAUGGUUCUGGAAGUGGUUCCUCAGAUGCUGAGAGCGGCGUCGACAACGACGCCGUGGACGACGACGAGGAGCACGAGGACUCGCCGCCAAAGAAGAAGAAGAAGUCGUCUUCAUGA